AGAAUGGGCGCUAGGACCGAGAGCAGGACGGGCAGGACGCUCCAGAGAGAGUAAACACUUCUUUUCAGACAAGAUACUUUUAUUUGUGCCUCUGUGUCUGAAUGGGCAGGUUUCAGAAGGUCUGAUGGUGCUGGGACAUCCAGAGCGACUCCGGCAUCUGGUGCUUUUUUCGUGAACGCUGUAAAAGAGCGAGCCAGAGCUUCCUUCUGCAGGACGUCUACCUGCCUGUCACCGGAGAGGAUGAGGGAAAACCUGGGAAAUGUUCGUCAGAGACUCGUUCGAUGGUGAUGUAAACUUGGGAUGUAAACACGGACCCUCGAUCUCUACUCAGGAGUGUUUUCUUUCACCAUGACGACGCCACGCGAGAGCUCCCUCCUGCUGACUCACCUGCUCCUCCAGCUCUUCCUCCCUCUCACACUGUCCGUUUUGCACCCUCUUCAUCCUCCGGCUGUCCACGUCCCCACGCUCAUCCCUCACGCGCCGAUGCCUCUCAUCCGCUCCCGCUUCAGCGCUCAGACUCAGCUGGACCUUACCACUCACUGCAACUCCAGCUGCUUCCACAGAGGAGAGCAGGAGGCCCAGAAGGAGCAGCUCUCAGAUAAACUGGCUUUUGAGACGCUGUAUGCUGACGGCUCCCGCACUCUCACCACUGUAGAUGUGGAGGGCGACGAAGAGUUUGACGAUCACUUCACUCACCCUUCACAGAAGAGAGGACCCAGACUGAUGUCCAGGCACAAACGCGUGAGGCGGCAGAUAUAUGGAGCAGAUGGACGUUUUAACAUCCAAGGUGACAACUUCCUGUUGGAUUACCCUUUCUCCACAGCCGUGCGGAUCUCCACCGGCUGCACCGGCGUUCUUGUAUCUCAGCAGCAUGUCCUCACAGCUGCCCACUGUGUUCAUGAUGGGAAGGAUUAUGUCAAAGGGGCGCGAAAGCUCAGAGUGGGAUUCCUGAUUCCUCCAUCCAUCAACGGCACACAAGUUGGCCUCACUUCUUCCAAGAAGCCUUUGGUCCGCUGGGUGAGGGUGAAACGUACCCGUGUGCCAAAAGGCUGGAUCCAGGGCCCCCAGGAGGUCAGCAUGGACUUUGAUUACGCUCUGCUGGAGUUGCGUUGGCCUCACCGCCGUCCCUUCAUGCGCCUCUCUGUGGCUCCCUCCUCCUUCGACCUGGCGGGGAAUCGCAUCCACUUCUCUGGCUUUGACAGCGACAGGUCUGGGGAGCUGGUGUACAGGUUUUGUCCCGUGGAAGAAGAGUCCAGUGACCUGAUAUACCAGCACUGUGACGCGCGACCUGGAGCCAGCGGCUCUGGAGUGUAUGGAAGAGUGUGGGACAACAGUUUAGAACGCUGGGAAAGAAAGGUCAUCGGCAUUUUCUCUGGACACCAGUGGCUGGAGAUAGAUGGAGAGAACCGGGAUUACAAUGUGGCCGUGCGCAUCACUCCACUAAAAUUUGCUCAGAUCUGUUACUGGGUGCAUGGUAACCGCAUAGACUGCGUCCAGGACUAAGGAGAACAAAAGAACAAAAAAGAGGUUUUGAAACUCUAACAUGACAAUACAAGAAAGCACAAAAAUACAGGGUGAAAUGUCGAAAGACGAGUGAAACAGAAUUAAAUCCCUACAAAAAUAACACCCUUUAGAGAGUGAUACACCAGUAGAGCAGAUCAAUUAAAUUAUUUCUCUCCUGUGUUUAAUUUGCUUCAUGUAACCUCUGUCUGUCUGUGAGAUAACCAUCACCACGGCAUCCUUUAAUGUGUUUUUGCCCAGUCAGAUUAAUAAAAGUCCACAUUAUCAACAUAAACCACUUUUUAAGAGGGG